AAAUUAUCAGUGAGGCUCUGGUCGACCUCGACAAAGUUCCACUACAAAAUUAUCGCGAUACUCAGUAAGACAGUGACUUGUAGACGAAAUUAUUCUGGUUAGCAACAUAGCAUCAACCAGUUGAUAACAGUAAGGAUGAAGUCUUUUAUUAAUUAUUCUCCAGAUUGUGAAUUUCCCAUUGAAAAUCUACCUUAUGGAAUCUUUUCUACACCUAAUAAUCCUCAACGACACAUAGGUGUAGCUAUUGGUGAACAAAUUCUGGAUCUAUUUGUAAUAUCCCAUUUAUUUACUGGACCUCUUUUAUCGGGAAAACAAGAUGUAUUGCGUCAGGAUUGUAUGAAUGACUUUAUGUCAUUAGGAAGACCAUGUUGGAUUGAAGCAAGAAAUACUAUUCAAAGUCUUCUAUCAAUUGAUAAUAAGACUCUCCAAGAAGAACCUUUAAAAUCAAAAGCUUUUGUUAAACAAGAAGAAGUUACAAUGCAUUUACCAGCUAAAAUAGGAGAUUAUACAGAUUUUUAUUCAUCUAUCUACCAUGCAACUAAUGUUGGAAUUAUGUUCAGAGGCAAAGAAAACGCCUUGAUGCCUAAUUGGAAAUAUUUGCCUGUUGGUUAUCAUGGGAGAGCAAGUUCAGUAGUAAUCUCAGGGACUCCAAUUCAUCGUCCACGAGGUCAAACAGUUCCAGUUGAGGGUGAUCCACCCGUUUAUGGACCAUCAAAAUUAAUGGAUUUCGAAUUAGAAGUAGCUUUUUUUGUCGGUGGGCCAUCAACUAAGCUUGGGGAAUCUAUACCCGCUUCAAAAGCUUACGAUCAUAUCUUUGGAAUGGUUUUGAUGAAUGAUUGGAGUGCAAGAGAUAUCCAGAAGUGGGAGUAUGUUCCUCUAGGUCCUUUUGGAGCAAAAAAUUUUGGAACAACUAUUUCUCCAUGGAUUGUAACAAUGGAAGCUCUUGAGCCUUUUAAAGUUUCUAAUAUGGUUCAAGAUCCGAAACCAUUCCCUUAUUUGCAUCAUGAUAAUCUCUGUAAUUUUGAUAUUAAAUUAGAAGUUGACAUAAAAACACCGAAAGGAGUCAUUACUACAAUUUCCCGAAGCAAUUACAAGUACAUGUAUUGGACACCGCAACAACAAUUAGCUCAUCAUACUGUAACUGGGUGUAAUGUUAAUCCAGGUGACUUAAUGGCCUCUGGAACUAUCAGUGGCGAGACUGCAGAUUCUUAUGGAUCUAUGUUGGAGCUUUCAUGGAGAGGAACAAUGCCAAUCUCUAUGCAAGAUGGAACAACAAGAAAAUUUUUACAAGACAAUGAUGAAGUUAUUAUUCAUGGAUACUGUAUUGGGAAAGGAUAUAAAAUUGGUUUUGGUCAAUGUGUUGGAAAAUUGUUACCUGUUCUUGCUGAAUAGAUUAUUACUCAAUAAGAAAUGAAGUAUCUGCAAUGUACGUUAUAUAUGAUAAAUAUUAAAAAAUGAGUUAAUAUUGUACAGGAAAAA